AUGUCGAGCGUUGUACCGCAUCCGUCUAACAAGCGAUCCAUAUCUUCUACGAUUGCUAAUUUUUUCAAAAAGGAAACACCGGCCGAUUACCAUCCUUCGACGGCCAAGGACAAACCAAGUAAUAUAACUGCUAACUUUGAAGAUGCUGAUACUACAGAAUUGCCGUCGGUGCCUGAUUUGAUCCUCUAUGACUCAUUUGACGGUGAAAGACCGCCACUGCUUCCAAUAAUGCCCCUACAAAGGCUCAAAAUCCUGCGCCAUAAACAGUAUCUACGUCGAAUGGAGGACUCACACUUGCCGAGCCAUUUGGGGCCCAUGAGCGCUAACGGGAGUGAGAUGUCAAACCUCAGUCAGAGUCAGCUUCUUCCGCUACGUGUCCUCAAGCGGAAUGCCUCUCAAGCCGCCACUAGACAACCGAGAAGCACCAAAUCAAAAUCAGUCCUGGGUAAACGGUGGAGUGGUGAUUUCGAGUAUGAUCUAGCCGAGUACGAUGUGGUAAAAAAGCCUAAGAAUUCGAAAACGCAGGGUAGUAGCGACGUAAAUACACUAGAAUCUCCGAGGCUGUCGCCAGCGGUAUUGAAGAAGGGCACCAUGGGAGGGAAGCAAAGCAUAUCAGCUGGUCUAUCUUCUACACAAGCUAGUUUACUUAAUGGAAAGGCAAUAGCAGACCAGCCACUCAAUGAAGGUGGUAUCAGGAUAAAACCGGCCGUGAGGGAAGUUUCCGAAAGUGAAAAGCCAACGAAACCGCUACUGGCUUUACCCAGCUCAGGGUUCGACUUUGUGCAGCCUGGGACUGACAAGACAGCGGACACAACUAAUGUUAACGAUGCCAACACCAAUAAACCGAUUUUUGCGUUUUCGAAACCCUCUGAGAACAAUACAGCUGAAACCAAGAAACCAUUUUCUUUUGGACAAACGGACGCCCCAAUUAACGCCACUAACGAUAGGAAUGAGAAUCAAGAACAGCCAAGCGAGAAAUCCAAACCACCUUUCGCACUCGGAGGCACAACGGAGAAGAAACCCGCUUUCUCAUUCGGAAAGAGUAAUGAUGAUUCAACCUCUAAAGCAGCUCCGUUCUCAUUUGGAAAGGCUAACGAAGACUCGACCUCUAAAUCAACUUCUUUUUCCUUUGGAAUGCCUGCAAAAACACCCAACGGCGACAAAAAUAUUCAAACUUCUAUCAAAUUUGGCGAUUCUGACUCAAAGAUAGGCAAUGAUUCUAAACAAGAUAGUGACAGGGCCAAAAUACCGUCCUUCACCUUCAAGGCCCCCCCUCAAGCUUCAGAGCCAGUGUCCUCUAUCAACGGUACAGCCGAAAAUAAAAAAGAUGAUGCCAGCGCAACGGAAAAAUCGGAGGCUGCCUCCUCGAAUGGAGGUCAGGCCACUUCUAAACCGGCGUUGGAUUUAGGACUCAAAACUUCUGAGAAACCGGCUUUCAACUUUGGCUCAAAGCCCUUUUUACCUGGAGUCGAUUCAAAAUCAGAGACCCCUACCUCUCCCGCUUUUAGCUUCGGUGCCACCGGCGGGGUGAAGUCUUUUACCCAGCAAAAUAAGGACAAAGAUGAUACAACUGCGAGCCAAGAUGACCCCUCCAAGAAGAAAAGUACGUUUGCUUUCGGUGUCCCUCAGGACAAUCCAAGCGAUGCAAAGAAUUUAACACCUUCCUUUUCCUUUGGUUUAAGUGGAGCAGUGACCAAUAAACCUCAGGUCGAAACCAAACUUUCAUCCGGCGCAGGUCAAGCGCCUAAUCCAUCAGCAGCCGCAAAGGAAGGCGGUGCAUUAACGCCCUCUUUUUCAUUCAAAAGUUCUUCUGGCCAUGAGCAAACGAGUAAGCCAUCGAUUACCACAGCGAAAUCCUUUGACCUUGGUGCGACUGCAGAUAAAAAAGCGCAGACGCCCCCGCCUUUUUCGUUUGGAAACAGCACAAAAGCAAGUACACAAUCGUCUUCCUCUAACUUUUUAGGCGGAGGCUUUAAGUUCGACACCAACGGAUUGAAUCCUGGGGCCAAUUCGACUAUUCCACCCAAACCGGCGCUCAAUAAUGGUUCCAGUAGUGAUGUUUCGAAACCAACAUUCAGUUUUGGAAAUGCGCCGGCAUCAGUAGUUGCCGCGCCACAACCGCAAUCCGCCCUUCCAUCAGCCAUGCCACCUAGCCAAAACGCAGGCUUCACUUUUGGCUCAGGGUCUACUACAAACAACAACUCUCCUGCAUUUGGCAAUACUAACAAUAACCAACAACUGGGAUUCAAUUUUGGAACAGAUAAUAGAACGGCGUCAUCUACACCCCCUCCCUUUGGAAACUUGGCCGUUCCUGGAUAUGCACAGCCCCAGCCACAAAGCAGACCUUUCAGUCCCUCACACACAGUGAAUUUGAAUUUUGGUGGCAGUGGCUCUCAACCACCAAGUUCAAUUUUCGGUGGAACUGGUAACUCUACACCUGCUCAAAUAUUUGGUGGGCAAAACAACGGCAUUGGUCAAGGGUUUUCGAAUGCUCCUUCGAGUAGUUCCAUUUUUGGGGGCGUUAGUGCAGGUCAGGCACCUCAGCAACAGGCUCAAACUCCGAUGCUAAACUUACCUCCAGGAAGGAAACUCGCUAGAAUGAGGUCAAGGAGAAACUGA